AUGGCCAACUCCCGAGGACCAAAGCAGCACAGCAGAAGGAUCAUAGCCACAGUGGUGACCUCGACCAUCCUGUACACCGCGCCCAAAUGGGCCGAAGCUAUGAAGACCGCAACAUACAGUCGCCAGUGCAAAACUUUCUACCGACGCUGCGCUCUGCGCAUCACAAUUAGCUUCUGCACGGUAUCAGAGGAAGCCGCGCUAUCGAUAGCCGGCUUAAGAACGAGCCAAACCCCUGCUGCAACCACUGCGGCACAGAAAGCAUCGAAAACGCGGAGCACGUAUUCUUCAUCUGCCCCCUAUACGCGAGGAACCGAGCCGGAGCUGAAUCAAGAAACGCUGGAAAACCAGAGGAAUUGGGAUGCGGUAGCCAAUAAGGCUGCUGGCAUCCUGUUGGACUUAAGGCGUCGAGAACAGAGUCGACGCAACGAGCAAUAA